CAUAAUUUGGGGGGACAAAGGAGAGAGGAACUAUGAAGCGCUGAGAUUGCAGCGAUUUCCCCCCCAACAUCUGGACUUGAGUUUUUGAACAGAUUUGUAGGAUAUUUUUUUACAUGUAUUUAUGAUUUUUGCUACCACAAAGGAUUUGUUGUGCAGAACUUGAAGUGUUGCAAGAAAGUAUCCAUGAGGACAGAUUAGUGGCAUAUUGUUUUGUUUUUUAAAGAUCAUCCCGACGGAUUAUAAUUGAUAACGUGGAAAACCAAUAGAAGCAAUCCCGUUGUGAGGUUGUCUAUAUCUCCUCUUUUUUGGGUAACUCGCACAUAUAGAGGAAUGUUACCCCGGCUUGAGAAGGUGAUCCAAAUCCUGACGCUGACGUGCGGACUGUUCUUUGGAGUUGUAUCAACGGAAAACGAAGUAAAAGCUGAGGUGUGGCUUCAGCAGUAUGGCUACCUGCCUCCAGGUGACGUCCGAGCCCAGGCUAUCCGCUCCCCCAAGUCCAUCAAUACGGCCAUCACAGCCAUGCAGAAGUUCUACGGCCUCACCGUCACCGGAUCUAUGGACACCAACACCCUACAGGCGAUGAAGCGGCCGCGUUGUGGCGUACCAGACAAGUUUGGUUCCGAGCUGAAGAGCAACCUGAGGAGGAAGCGAUACGCCGUACAGGGACUGAAGUGGGACAAACAAGAGGUCACUUUCAGCAUACAGAACUACACCCCUAAGAUAGGGGAGCACGCUACAUACGAGGCUAUCCGCCGGGCGUUUAAGGUGUGGGAGGCAGUCAUCCCUCUCCGCUUCCGUGAGAUCCCUUACAGCCACAUCCGGGACAAGGUCGACAAGUACGCUGACAUCAUGCUCUCGUUCUCCGAGGGUUUCCAUGGCGACAGCACGCCGUUUGAUGGCGAGGGCGGCUUCCUGGCCCACGCGUACUUCCCCGGGAACGGGAUAGGGGGCGACACGCACUUUGACAAUGCCGAACCCUGGACUACCGGCUAUGUCGACCAAGGGGGUAAUGAUGUGUUCCUGGUUGCGGUCCAUGAGUUGGGUCAUGCCCUGGGUCUAGAACACUCCAACGACCCGUCUGCCAUCAUGGCUCCAUUCUACCAGUGGAUGGACACCGAGAACUUCCAGCUGCCUGAUGACGAUCGCCGCGGCAUCCAGGCAAUCUAUGGGUCAUCCGGAGCGCCACCUCCUCCCCCCCGUCCCCCCCGCCCCACCAGACCCUCCAAACCAGACCCCCCCGGACACGGACCAGAUGUCUGUGAGGGACACUUCGACACCAUCGCCAUCCUCAGGGGGGAGAUGUUUGUCUUUAAGGAUAAGUGGUUAUGGCGUGUGCGGAACAACAAGGUGCUCCAGGGUUACCCCAUGCCCAUCGGUCACUUCUGGAAGGGACUACCACCAAACAUCAACGCUGCCUAUGAGAGGAACGAUGGCAAAUUUGUAUUUUUCAAGGGUGACAAGUACUGGGUGUUCACAGAGUCCAGUAUGGAGCAGGGUUAUCCUAAGAGUCUGAAGGAGCUGGGCACAGGGCUGCCCAAAGACAAGCUGGACGCUGCCCUCUUCUACACUCCCACCGGACAGACAUACUACUUCAGAGGGACCAAGUAUUACCGUUUCAAUGAAGAGUCCCAGACUGUGGACAGAGACUACCCCAAACCCAUCAACACAUGGCAGGGUGUCCCCGACAAUAUUAAGGCUGCCAUCAUGAGCGAAGAAGGAUCCUACACCUACUUCUACAAAGCCAACAAGUACUGGAAGUUCAACAACCAGCACAUGAGGGUGGAGUCGGGCUACCCCAAGUCGGUGCUCAGCGAAUGGAUGGGCUGCGCGGGGGAGGAGCCUAAGAAGCGGGACGGCGAGGAGGAAGUGAUCAUCAUCGAGGUGGAGGAGGCAGAAGGCGGGGCCACGGCUGCGGCCGUGGUGAUCCCUCUCCUCCUAUUGGUCUGCGUGGUCCUCACUCUGGGAGCCCUGCUGUUCUUCAGGAAGUACGGGACGCCACGACGUCUCCUCUACUGCCAGAGAUCUCUACUGGACAAGGUCUAGAGACGAACUGAACGAAUGAAGGAUGGGCGCAGAGGGACAGAGAGAGAGAAAAAGAGAGACUGAAUGAAUUGAAAGAUUUAAAGAAAAAGGGGUUUGGGAGGGUAAGGGUAAGGGUGAGGGUGAGGGUAAGGGUAAGGGUGAGGGUGAGGGUAAGGGUGAGUAAAGUAGGAUGAAAGGAGUUGGGGUUUUAAAAGAGAAGGGGUAAUGGAAGGGUUGAUGGACAUGGGGUUUGGUUGGUUGGUUUGUAUACGCCCCAGAAGACGAGGGAGAGGGACAGGGAGGAGAGAGAGUCAAUCAGGAAAGACAAAUGUAUGUUAUCUAUUUACAUGUACAGCUUUGCAAGUUUAAAAUUAGGAACAGGCCCCUACACAAAUCACAGAGGAGGGAAAUGAUGAGAUGACGAUGAUGAUGAUCAACAUUCCAUGUAGUUGCCACCCCAUCUGCAAUAAAUCUACUAUCACGUCUCCAUGUGUCCCUCCCUCCCUCCAUUCUAUCCCUUCUCAUUCUUCCUCUCCUACAAUCUCCCUCCCAUCUACUUGACGACUCCAGCUGAACUGCUGUCUGAAUUACAUUUUAAACCUUUAUACAGGUACUUUGUUGUUUCAUUUUUGGUUUCGCUCUAAUUAUGAAAUCCAGGCCCGAACACAAACAAACAAACAUCACUCUCUUCCUUUCUCCUAUCACUGAGAGAAGAUACUUUCCAGUCUCUCACUGUGCUCAAGCUAGCACCAUGGUCUUAAAGUUGUGGUUCUAUUGCGAGGAGCAUGCUAUGGGCACUACCCUCGCUCUAAAGAGGGGAUAAAGGGGUAGUUGUGAAGGUGUUUUAUUUGUACACCCCUCCUGCCUUAAGUCAUAGUGAGAAAGGCUAAGGUCUUGUCAUAGAGGGUCCAAGACAGUCUGUUUGUAUCCUAAAAAAGGAGCAUCCCCACCCAGUUCACAAAUCUGAAAUCGCACAGGCCCUUGGUACGGAGCCUGGUCUCAGUAAGCAGUCAAAAUUGGAUGGAAUUAAAGUAGCCAUUUUGGCUCAACAAUAAAGCCAGUUUCAAUAUUACUCCAUGGAAAAGCAGUGAAGUUUCAUUUCAUGUUACCCAUUCCAAAUACUAAUGUAUUAUCGUAUUUGUUAUGUUUUUGUUACUAUCAUUGUUAUAAAUGUUGUUGUUAUUAUUAUGACUAUGGUUAUUAUUAUUCUUGUUGUUCUCCAGGUGUAGUCGUACAGUAAAUUGUGUUUGUUGUUUUUGUACAUUGUCAUUUCGAGUCCUGCUGGACAGAGACAAUAACGUGACAAUGAUCAUCAAAAUGGCUCCCAAAUUUCACAUUUGAGUGGUGGACUUGGGCGAGUUUGAAAGUGUUUCCUUUUUUGAAACACUUAUUCUCCCAUUGCUUGGUUGGCAUAUAAGAACAAUCAAACAAAACUAUUUAUAAGCAAUUCUGAUGAUGCUUAAUGUUUUUUAGUAUUACACAAAUUGAAAAAUGAAGUAGAAUUGUUUUAGUAAUAACAAUGAUAAUGGUAAUGAUAUUUAUAAUGAUAAUGAUAUCAAUAAAAAAGAGAAUUAGA